AUGCGCUCUACGGCAACUCCAGCUCCUCCCGCCCCAGUAUCGAGCCUGUCUGCCCCCGGCCGUGGCCUCAGCCAGGUGGACGUCGUGUACAAAUUUGGCGGCUCCUCCGUGCGCGAUGCGGAGCGCAUGCGCGAGGUCGCCGACAUCAUAUGCGGCUUCCCGGAGCACCUGCCCUGCGUCGUGCUGUCCGCGAUGGGCAAGGUGCGGGGGGUUUGUUGA